CCUUUUCCUCCUCCGGCUUUUUCCUCCCAACUCGGGGAGGUCCUUCCCGGCGGCCGCCCCGACAGGGUCUGAGCGCCUAGGUGCAGGCGGCGCAGGCUUUUUGUAGUGAGGUUUGCGCCUGCGCAGCGCGCCUGCCUCCGCGAUGCAUGGGGGUGGCCCCCCCUCCGGGGACAGCGCAUGCCCGCUGCGCACCAUCAAGAGAGUGCAGUUCGGAGUCCUCAGUCCGGAUGAACUGAAACGAAUGUCUGUGACAGAGGGCGGCAUCAAAUACCCAGAGACCACCGAGGGAGGCCGCCCCAAGCUUGGGGGGCUGAUGGAUCCGAGGCAGGGGGUGAUUGAGAGGACUGGCCGCUGCCAAACCUGUGCAGGAAACAUGACAGAGUGUCCUGGCCACUUUGGCCACAUUGAGCUGGCCAAACCUGUGUUCCAUGUCGGCUUCCUGGUCAAGACAAUGAAAGUUUUGCGCUGCGUCUGCUUCUUCUGCUCCAAAUUGCUUGUGGACUCUAACAACCCAAAGAUCAAGGACAUUUUGGCUAAGUCCAAGGGGCAGCCCAAGAAGCGGCUCACACACGUCUAUGACCUCUGCAAGGGCAAAAACAUCUGCGAGGGCGGGGAGGAGAUGGACAACAAGUUCGGUGUGGAGCAGCCUGAGGGCGAUGAGGAUUUGACCAAAGAAAAGGGCCACGGCGGCUGUGGGCGGUACCAGCCCCGGAUCCGGCGCUCCGGCCUGGAGCUGUACGCAGAGUGGAAGCACGUCAACGAGGACUCUCAGGAGAAGAAGAUCCUGCUGAGUCCUGAGCGGGUGCACGAGAUCUUCAAACGCAUCUCAGAUGAGGAGUGCUUCGUCCUGGGCAUGGAGCCUCGCUACGCCCGGCCCGAGUGGAUGAUUGUCACUGUGCUGCCCGUGCCCCCGCUCUCCGUGCGGCCUGCUGUUGUGAUGCAGGGCUCUGCCCGCAACCAGGAUGACCUGACACACAAACUGGCCGACAUCGUGAAGAUCAACAAUCAGCUUCGGCGCAACGAGCAGAACGGCGCGGCCGCGCAUGUCAUCGCUGAGGACGUGAAGCUCCUCCAGUUCCACGUGGCCACCAUGGUGGACAACGAGCUGCCUGGCUUGCCUCGUGCCAUGCAGAAGUCUGGGCGUCCCCUCAAGUCCCUGAAGCAGCGGUUGAAGGGCAAGGAAGGCCGUGUGCGCGGGAACCUGAUGGGCAAGCGGGUGGACUUCUCGGCCCGCACUGUCAUCACCCCCGACCCCAACCUCUCCAUUGACCAGGUUGGCGUGCCUCGCUCCAUUGCCGCCAAUAUGACCUUUGCGGAGAUCGUCACCCCCUUCAACAUUGACAGACUUCAGGAACUAGUGCGCAGGGGGAACAGCCAGUACCCAGGGGCCAAGUACAUCAUCCGGGACAACGGUGAUCGCAUUGACCUGCGUUUCCACCCCAAACCCAGUGACCUUCACCUGCAGACUGGCUAUAAGGUGGAACGGCACAUGUGCGAUGGGGACAUUGUUAUCUUCAACCGGCAGCCAACUUUGCACAAAAUGUCCAUGAUGGGACAUCGGGUUCGCAUCCUGCCCUGGUCUACUUUUCGCUUGAAUCUUAGUGUGACAACUCCAUACAAUGCCGAUUUUGAUGGGGAUGAGAUGAACUUGCACCUGCCACAGUCCCUGGAGACACGGGCUGAGAUCCAGGAGCUCGCCAUGGUGCCACGCAUGAUUGUCACCCCCCAGAGCAAUCGCCCGGUUAUGGGCAUUGUGCAGGACACGCUGACCGCAGUGCGCAAAUUCACCAAGAGGGAUGUUUUCCUGGAGCGGGGGGAGGUGAUGAACCUCCUGAUGUUCCUGUCCACGUGGGACGGCAAGGUCCCACAGCCAGCCAUCCUGAAGCCCCGGCCCCUGUGGACAGGGAAGCAGAUCUUCUCCCUCAUCAUACCCGGCCACAUCAACUGUAUCCGCACCCACAGCACCCAUCCCGAUGAUGAGGAUAGUGGUCCUUACAAGCACAUCUCUCCUGGGGACACCAAGGUGGUGGUGGAGAAUGGGGAGCUGAUCAUGGGCAUCCUGUGUAAGAAGUCUUUGGGCACAUCAGCUGGCUCCCUGGUCCACAUCUCUUACCUAGAGAUGGGUCAUGACAUCACCCGCCUCUUCUACUCCAACAUUCAGACUGUCAUUAACAACUGGCUCCUCAUUGAGGGUCAUACCAUUGGCAUUGGGGACUCCAUUGCUGAUUCUAAGACUUACCAAGACAUUCAGAACACUAUUAAGAAGGCCAAGCAGGAUGUAAUAGAGGUCAUUGAGAAGGCGCAUAACAACGAGCUGGAGCCCACCCCGGGGAACACUUUGCGGCAGACCUUUGAGAACCAGGUGAACCGCAUUCUCAACGAUGCCCGAGACAAGACUGGCUCCUCUGCCCAGAAAUCCCUGUCUGAAUACAACAACUUUAAGUCAAUGGUGGUGUCCGGGGCUAAAGGUUCCAAGAUCAACAUCUCCCAGGUCAUUGCUGUCGUCGGGCAGCAGAACGUGGAGGGCAAGCGGAUCCCGUUUGGGUUCAAGCACCGGACUCUGCCUCACUUCAUCAAAGAUGACUAUGGGCCUGAGAGCCGUGGCUUCGUGGAGAACUCCUACCUGGCCGGCCUCACGCCCACCGAGUUCUUCUUCCAUGCCAUGGGGGGUCGUGAGGGGCUCAUCGACACAGCUGUCAAGACUGCUGAGACUGGAUACAUCCAGCGGCGGCUGAUCAAAUCCAUGGAGUCGGUGAUGGUGAAGUAUGACGCCACCGUGCGAAACUCCAUCAAUCAGGUGGUACAGCUGCGCUAUGGUGAAGACGGCCUGGCGGGCGAGAGCGUUGAGUUCCAGAACCUGGCUACCCUCAAGCCUUCCAACAAGGCUUUCGAGAAGAAGUUCCGCUUUGAUUAUACCAAUGAGAGGGCCCUGCGGCGCACCCUGCAGGAGGAUGUGGUGAAGGACGUGCUGAGCAAUGCACACAUUCAGAACGAGCUGGAGCGAGAAUUUGAGCGGAUGCGUGAGGACAGGGAGGUGCUCAGGGUCAUCUUCCCAACUGGUGACAGCAAGGUUGUCCUCCCCUGUAACCUGCUGCGCAUGAUCUGGAACGCUCAGAAGAUCUUCCACAUCAACCCUCGCCUUCCCUCUGACCUGCACCCCAUCAAGGUGGUAGAGGGUGUCAAGGAGCUGAGCAAGAAGCUGGUGAUUGUGAAUGGGGACGACCCACUGAGCCGGCAGGCCCAGGAGAACGCCACCCUGCUCUUCAACAUCCACCUGCGGUCCACGCUGUGCUCCCGCCGCAUGGCCGAGGAGUUUCGGCUCAGCGGAGAGGCCUUCGACUGGCUGCUCGGAGAGAUCGAGUCCAAGUUCAACCAAGCCAUUGCCCAUCCUGGGGAAAUGGUGGGAGCUCUGGCUGCACAGUCCCUUGGAGAACCUGCCACCCAGAUGACUCUGAACACCUUCCACUAUGCUGGUGUGUCCGCCAAGAAUGUGACACUGGGUGUGCCCCGACUUAAGGAGCUCAUCAACAUUUCCAAGAAGCCAAAGACCCCCUCACUUACUGUCUUCCUGCUGGGCCAGUCUGCUCGAGAUGCUGAGAGAGCCAAGGAUAUUCUGUGCCGCCUGGAACAUACAACGCUGAGGAAGGUGACUGCCAACACGGCCAUCUACUAUGACCCCAACCCCCAGAGCACGGUGGUGGCAGAGGAUCAGGAGUGGGUGAAUGUCUACUAUGAGAUGCCUGACUUUGAUGUGGCCCGAAUCUCCCCCUGGCUUUUGCGGGUGGAGCUGGACCGGAAGCACAUGACUGAUCGGAAGCUGACCAUGGAGCAGAUUGCCGAGAAGAUCAAUGCUGGUUUCGGUGAUGACUUGAAUUGCAUCUUUAACGAUGAUAAUGCAGAGAAGCUGGUGCUCCGUAUCCGCAUCAUGAACAGUGAUGAAAACAAGAUGCAAGAGGAAGAAGAGGUGGUGGACAAGAUGGAUGACGACGUCUUCCUGCGCUGCAUCGAGUCCAACAUGCUGACAGAUAUGACCCUGCAGGGCAUCGAGCAGAUCAGCAAGGUGUACAUGCACUUGCCGCAGACGGACAACAAGAAGAAGAUCAUCAUCACAGAGGACGGGGAGUUCAAGGCCUUGCAGGAGUGGAUCCUGGAGACGGAUGGCGUGAGCCUCAUGCGGGUGCUGAGCGAGAAGGACGUGGACCCUGUGCGCACCACGUCCAACGACAUCGUGGAGAUCUUCACGGUGCUGGGCAUAGAAGCCGUGCGGAAGGCCCUGGAGCGGGAGCUGUACCACGUCAUCUCCUUCGAUGGUUCCUACGUCAAUUACCGGCACUUGGCUCUCCUGUGUGAUACCAUGACCUGUCGUGGCCACUUGAUGGCCAUCACCCGACACGGAGUCAACCGCCAGGAUACCGGACCUCUCAUGAAGUGCUCCUUUGAGGAAACGGUGGAUGUGCUUAUGGAAGCAGCUGCACAUGGAGAGAGCGACCCCAUGAAGGGGGUGUCUGAGAACAUCAUGCUGGGCCAGCUGGCUCCAGCCGGCACUGGCUGUUUUGACCUCCUGCUCGAUGCAGAGAAGUGCAAGUAUGGCAUGGAGAUCCCCACCAACAUCCCCGGCUUGGGGGCUGCCGGACCCACCGGCAUGUUCUUCGGCUCGGCCCCCAGUCCCAUGGGAGGAAUUUCUCCAGCCAUGACACCCUGGAACCAGGGCGCAACCCCAGCCUACGGUGCCUGGUCCCCCAGUGUUGGGAGCGGGAUGACCCCGGGGGCAGCAGGCUUCUCUCCCAGUGCUGCUUCAGAUGCCAGUGGCUUCAGCCCUGGUUACUCCCCGGCCUGGUCUCCCACGCCGGGUUCCCCGGGCUCCCCUGGCCCCUCAAGCCCGUAUAUUCCCUCACCAGGGGGUGCCAUGUCUCCCAGCUACUCCCCGACGUCGCCUGCCUACGAGCCCCGCUCCCCUGGGGGCUACACGCCCCAGAGUCCCUCUUACUCCCCCACUUCACCCUCCUACUCCCCUACGUCUCCAUCCUAUUCUCCAACCAGCCCCAACUACAGCCCCACGUCGCCCAGCUACUCCCCGACCUCGCCCAGCUACUCCCCGACCUCGCCCAGCUACUCCCCGACCUCACCCAGCUACUCCCCGACCUCACCCAGCUACUCCCCGACCUCACCCAGCUACUCGCCCACUUCCCCAAGCUACUCGCCCACAUCACCCAGCUACUCGCCAACCUCUCCCAGCUAUUCGCCCACCUCUCCCAGUUACUCGCCAACUUCACCCAGCUACUCGCCCACCUCACCUAGCUACUCUCCGACAUCUCCAAGCUAUUCGCCGACGUCACCAAGCUACUCACCAACUUCCCCAAGUUACUCGCCCACCAGCCCUAACUAUUCUCCAACCAGUCCCAAUUACACCCCGACGUCACCCAGCUAUAGCCCAACAUCCCCCAGCUACUCACCUACUAGUCCCAACUACACACCAACGAGCCCCAACUACAGCCCAACCUCUCCAAGCUACUCUCCGACCUCACCCAGCUACUCCCCGACCUCACCAAGCUACUCCCCUUCGAGUCCACGAUACACACCACAGUCUCCCACCUAUACCCCGAGCUCACCCAGCUACAGCCCCAGCUCGCCCAGCUACAGCCCGACUUCACCGAAGUACACCCCAACCAGUCCUUCCUACAGCCCCAGCUCACCGGAGUACACCCCGACCUCUCCCAAGUACUCACCUACCAGCCCGAAAUAUUCGCCCACCUCCCCCAAGUACUCUCCGACCAGCCCCACCUACUCGCCCACCACUCCAAAAUACUCGCCGACGUCUCCUACUUACUCACCAACCUCUCCGGUCUACACCCCAACCUCCCCCAAGUACUCACCCACCAGCCCCACCUACUCGCCCACCUCCCCCAAGUACUCACCCACCAGCCCCACCUACUCGCCCACUUCCCCCAAAGGCUCGACCUACUCGCCCACCUCCCCUGGCUACUCGCCCACCAGCCCCACCUAUAGCCUCACCAGCCCAGCCAUCAGUCCCGAUGACAGUGAUGAGGAGAACUGAGGGCGCGCAGUGCGCAGUGGCAGCCGGCUAGGGGAAGAGCGGCUUCAGGGUGUUGUGCAGUCCCCCCUCCCCUGGGGGGCGCGGGCCCCGGUCCAGCUCCCUUGUACGUAGCUCCUUGUGACAAAGUUCCCUGUUGAGGUUCUGGUCCCAUUUCUGCCGGGGCUUUUGUCUUGUUCUCCACUUGUGCCGUCUCAGAACCCACUCACCUGCAGUGGUGUUCUUCUCGCCCUACCUACCCGAGGCCUGUCCCCAAAUCCAGGAUCCUCCUUGCCUAUGGCUUGAUUCGGGAGGUAAAGGGUAUUUUAAUUUUUGGGGGGUAGUUCCUGCUCUGGGUCGUCACAUCUGAUUCUCCGGAAGAACAAAGUGAAAGCUGCCUUUUGUUUGUUACUUUUUGAAUUUGAAAUAAAGUUUACUAAUUUUGACCAGAA